GGCGCCGGCCUCCGCUGUAGCGGCGCGAUGGCGGCACCGUCCGCGGGCUCGGACAUGUUUGAUGAGAUCGUGAUGGCCGAGGACAGGUUCCACGGGGAGGGCUACCAGGAGGGGUACGCCGAGGGCAGCCACGCGGGGGCUGCUGAGGGGCGGAGGUGCGGCGCUCUGCAUGGCGCCAAGAUUGGCUCUGAGAUUGGCAGUUACCUUGGAUUUGCACUGACCUGGCAGCAUCUGCUCCCAAAAUGUACAGAUGAAAAGAACAGUAAAAAGAUGAGGGCUCUGGAUUCAUUAAUAGGAAUGAUUCAGAAGUUCCCAUACGAAGACCCCACUUAUGAAAAGCUUCAAGAUGAUCUGGAAAAAAUCAGAGGAAAAUUUAAACAGGUUUGUUCAAUGCUAAAUAUUCGAUCUGAUUUUAGAAUCAGUAAUGAAAGAUCUUCACUUACAUUUUGAAUAUAAAAGCUGAAGGUAAACAUGGAUGAAAAGAGACAUAUUAAAUAACAGAUAACUGGAAAAUUGUUUCUUUGUUUUAAACAAAAUCCAAGUAGCAAAGAGGUGCUAAAUAUUAAACUCCUAAAGAAAAAGCACAAAACAUUUGAUGGUUUCUUAUAUUUGUCAAGGUGGUUUGUUUUUUCCACAAGGCAUUAUUUGGGAUUACAUAAACAUUAAAAACUUACUAAAUAGAAGUAUUUGAUUUACUUUCACCAGCCUUUCCUUAAAAGGAAAACAUCAUACAUAUGUAAAGCUUCCUUAUUUAAAGAAUGUAUCCUAUUUAAAAAAAAAUCUACAUAUGUAGAUGAUUCAUUUUGCACAAUUUGUAGGUUUUUUAGAUGAAGUAAGAUUGAAUCAGUUGCCUACAGAGUUUGCAGUAGUGAAGACCUGUGUGGGUAGAAGAUAGAGUACAAAUGAAGUAAGAACACAAAUGAAAAAAGGUUAAGAUACCAGUUCAUAAAAUAGCUGCAACUCAGAGUGUGAAUCUUGUGUUUUUUUCUUUACUAGUUUUGCAGACUGAUCCAAACACGCAAAACAAAAACAAAUAGACCCAAAACCUAGCAAUUUAAGUUAUCAAUAAUAGAAACAUGGCUACAAGAAGAGCUUUGAGGUUGCUACUUGUUCUGUCCACAAAGAAGCAAAAUUGCUUCUGCCAGCUUCUUAGUGAUACAAGGCAGAGAACCCACAGGUACACCGAUAAUCACAUACAAAAAAGAGUUGAACUCACCCAACUGGUGAAGGGAAGCUUUUGCUACACAGCACCCCUUCUCAGGAAGCAGCCGAGAACCAAAAGACGCUCUCUCUUCAGUGUCUGACUCUUAUGAGCCCAGGGUGGCUCCACCUUGGGUCCACCCCUUCUGGUGGCAUGGGGAGCACAGGUGCAGCUCCAAUUUAUUUUAGAAUGUUUACUGUGCAUUUGCAUCUGGGAUGCAAGGGCAUAUGUUUUGCUUUUUUAUUGUAAUUUUGGACUAAAAAAAUAAGAAUAUUUUGUUGAUUUUGUUGAAUGUAUACAUGUGUGCAUAUGUAUUGACAUUUAUUUCAAAAUCAUCUUUUAUUUUUGUCUGAUUCCGGAGUAUAUGAAUAUGUCAAUACCAGCUGCCUUUCUUAAUAGCUACUUACAGGUGUACAUACAUGAGUAUGUAAGUGUUCAGCUUUAAUGUGCAUAGUGUCAGAGCCAUCUAGUGGAGGAGGUUUUUAUACUGUUUAAAAAUAGCCUAUAAGUAAUGCUUCUUGUAAUAGAUCACAAAUAUUUAUUAAGAUUAAGUUGUUCAAGUAGUGCAGGAUUUACAUAUGCAUGAUGCAGCUCUUCUAACAGUGUGGUGAAUUCCUUUGAAAUAAAGCAGUAUUGAGGUAGGA